ACAAAUGACAGUUCAUAUAACAGACAUUCAGUAAAAUAACUGAUAUUCAGUAAAAUUAAGGAAAUAUUGAACACAUUUGAACAUGGCCUUUUCCUCAGAAUCAUUCAUUUUGUUGAUGAUAUUCCUGAAAGUGUAGCUUGAUGGCCUUGGUUAUAACAACUCCCUUGAAGGGAAGUCAAUCUCGUAAAAAUACCUUUCUGUUAGUGUAACUUUUUAAUCGUGUAAUAAGAUACUAAUGCCACUUCCCGGACUAGAGCUUUAUCUUUGAUUGUAACAAAAGUGGAACACACACACAUACAAACAACACUUUGUCUCACUCGAGACAAGACUUAAAUACUAAACAACAGUAGGAUUGACUCUAAAGGUGGAUGACCAUAACACAAGGCCACAUGAAUAUAUUUCUAGAACCUUGAAAAAAGAGAAUUGAUCCCGUUCUGAGAUCUUUAGUGGACAGAGAAGAGGAUGGAGAGCGGGAAGAGGAGCCUACGAAUCAGGAAUGUCUUACUCCGUCAGUGUCUGAGUGAAUUCUUGUGUAGCUUCAUCGUUAUUAUGUUUGGCUGUGCAGCACUGGCCCAGAUGAAGACCAGCCGUGGAGCCAAGGGUCAGCCUAUGUCGGUGAACAUGGCUUUCUCAGCAGGAAUCAUGGUAGCCAUGUACCUGGGCCGAGACAUCUCUGGAGCCCACUUGAACCCAGCUCUGUCUCUGAGCUUCUGUGUGGUGGGCAGUCUGUCCUGGUCCAAGCUGCUGCCCUACUGCCUCUCUCAGGUGCUGGGGGCCUACGUGGCCUCCGCCCUCGUCUUCCUCAUGUAUUAUGAAGCCAUUAUGGACUUCAGCGGUGGCGUCUUGGCGGUUUACGGACCAAACGAAACGGCCUCCAUAUUCGCCACCUACCCGUCGAGCUUCAUGUCUCACCGCGGCAGCUUCCUGGAUCAGGUGGUGGCCACUGGGAUGAUGAUGCUGUCCUACCUGCCCCUGGCGGACCCCCAGAACAGCCCUGCGUCCCGGGACCUGCUGCCCCUGCUGGUGGGCGUGAUGUUCCUGGGGGUCUCCUGCUCCAUGUCCUCCAACUGCGGGGGCGGGGUCAACCCGGCCCGCGACCUGGGGCCCCGCCUCUUCAUGCUGUUCGCCGGCUGGGGGACCGAGGUGUUCACGUGCUACAACUACUGGUUCUGGGUCCCUAUCGUGGCCCCCAUGCUGGGGGCCCUGCUGGGCUCCGGGGUGUAUGCCCUGUUUAUCCACUGGCAUCUGCCCGGGGCCGGGCAGGACGAGCCUGACGACGCCUUGGUCCUCACAAACCUCUCCAACUCUGGGGAGAGACGAUCAACAAACGUCUCGUCGAAUGGAGAGGAUAUGGCCCAGAUCAGGCUGGAUUGAAGAUAAACUGUCGGUACAUAUUGGAGGGAAGAGUGCAAAGAAGAAACUGGUACAAUGCAGUUGGUUUUGUUUCAGCUGCACUCCUUUUAAGCACUGCACUACAGCCAAAGUAUCCUUCAAUAGGCAACUCAGUGCCAAUAUGUCUUAACCAGCACCUGCCAAUGCUAAAGAAAAAACUAAGCUAGGCCAAGAAAAAUGUAAUCACUAGUUUGAAAAAAAAAAAAAAAUGUGUUUCG